UUUUUCCAGCCCUAGCACAUGGCGUGCGGUAACAUUGCCGGCUUUGCAAAGACUGAAAAAAAUGUGUAAAUUUUGAUAAAAACCAAAAACAGAGCAUGAUCCGGACGCUCUCCAUCCGCUGGCUGCUUCAGCGGACGGGUGGCACGUCGCCCGCAGCCUGGCUGGUGUCGCGUGCCCGCCACCUGGCCGCCACAACUUCGGUCAAGGCCGAGACGAAAUCCAGCACUAAAGAAGAACCUUCACAGGCGGAGCUCUUGCACGAGUUCGCCCAGAUGCCAGUGGAGCGUAUACGCAACUUCAGCAUCAUUGCUCACGUGGAUCAUGGAAAGAGCACACUGGCGGACCGCCUGUUGGAGCUAACCGGCGCCAUUGCCCGGAAUGGAGGCCAACAUCAGGUGCUGGACAGCCUGCAGGUGGAGCGGGAGCGCGGCAUUACGGUUAAGGCGCAGACUGCCUCCAUUUUCCAUCGCCACAAGGGCGAGCUGUAUCUGUUGAACCUAAUCGACACUCCUGGUCACGUGGACUUUUCCAAUGAGGUUUCUCGCUCACUGGCCGCUUGCGAUGGCGUUGUUCUAUUAGUGGACGCCUGUCACGGCGUCCAGGCUCAGACCGUGGCUAACUAUCAUCUUGCCAAGCAGCGACAACUAGCUGUGGUGCCGGUACUCAAUAAGAUAGACAUCAAACACGCCAAUCCCGAUCAGGUGUGCCAGGAUAUGAAGCUGCUGUUUGAUAUAGACCCCGCUCAAGUACUGCGUGUGUCCGCCAAACUGGGCACUGGCGUUUCCAAGGUGCUGGAGCGCGUUAUCGAGGUGGUGCCGCCGCCACAGGUGCAGCGAGAGAGUGACUUUCGAGCCCUGAUCUUCGACAGCUGGUUCGACAAGUAUCGCGGUGCUUUGAACUUGAUUUACGUGUUGAAUGGACGUCUGGAGCAGAACCAAGACAUUCAGUCGCUUGCAACCAAGAAGGUGUAUCCGGUAAAGAGCAUCUCCGUGCUUCGGCCCGCAGAGUGUUCCAUUCCAGAUCUAUCCGCUGGCCAGGUCGGUCUGAUUGCCUGCAACAUGCGCAACAGCAAGGAGUCGAUUGUGGGCGACACUAUACAUCUGAAGAAUCAAGCUGUAAGCGCUGCGGGAAGCUAUCGGCCACAGCAACCGCUCGUCUUUGCUGGAGUUUUUCCGGCAGAUCAAUCCAAGCACGUGGCUCUUCGCAGUGCCAUCGAUAAGAUGGUGCUGAACGACUCGGCAGUCACGGUAAAAGUGGACUCCAGCCCCGCCCUCGGCCAGGGUUGGCGCCUAGGCUUUCUCGGCCUGCUUCACAUGGAAGUGUUUUGCCAACGACUGGAGCAGGAGCAUGGCGCUGAGCCCAUCAUUACGGCGCCCUCGGUGACUUAUAGAUUGAUGCUGAGUAACCCAAAGUUGAUACGGCAGCAGGGACGCGACACCAUGGACAUAUCGAAUGCAGCUCUCUUUCCGGAACCGAACAGCGUCAAGGAGUACUACGAACCGCUCGUUCUGGGCACUAUUAUCACGCCCACGGAAUAUGUUGGCCAGGUGAUCGGGCUAUGCGUAGAACGACGCGGGCUGCAACAGAGCUCCGUGAACAUUGACGAGACGCGAGUACUGAUGAAGUACGUGCUGCCGCUAAGCGAGAUUAUCUUAGACUUUCACGACCGCCUCAAGUCGCUCAGCUCGGGAUAUGCCAGUUUUAGCUAUGAGGAUCACGGCUACCAUCCAUCGCAUCUGGUGCGUUUGGAUAUCCACCUGAAUGGCAAGCCCGUGGAGGAGCUGUGCCGGAUUGUCCAUACCUCGAAGGCUGUGGGCGUAGCCCGGCAAAUGGUGCUCAAGCUGCGUGACCUCAUACCCAAGCAGAUGGUUCAGAUUGCCAUCCAGGCGUGCGUUGGCAGCAAGGUCCUUGCCCGGGAGACGAUCAAGGCCUAUCGCAAGGAUGUGACCGCCAAGCUCUAUGGCGGUGAUGUAACCCGCCGAAUGAAGCUCCUAAAGCAGCAGGCCGAGGGCAAAAAGAAGAUGCGGAUGUUCGCCAAUAUCCGAGUGCCGCACGAGACCUUCAUCAAUGUCUUAAAGCGUUAGCUGUUUGCUGCUGAUUUCCUCGAGCGUGAUAAUUGCUGCUGUCAAAAUGGGAUCUUGUUAUAUAUCAUCUCUGAGUUUUAAAAAUGGAAAGGGCCUAAUUCGACCACAAUUUUCAAGAAAUUUCGCUGUUGUAAGAAAUAUAUAUAUACAUAGAGACUAUUAAGCUGUUAUCCGAUCCAAAAAGGAAAUAUAUACCCCACAUACUUUGUAUAUGGCUUAUUUAAAGCCUUAAGAUAAUGUACAUGCGGAUAAUAAUUGAUAUUGCAACUAUUUAAGUUGAAAGGAAUCAUAAAAUAGGUGGAUAAUUAUUGCAAUAAUCUUUGAAAAUGAAAUUAAAAAUGAAUAAAACAACAGAUUAGACGCAUGUAUUAUUGAGUUCAUAAAUAUGUAUCAUUAUUGCAC